AUGAGGCAUGAUAUUAAGAAGGCUAUUGGUUACCAACAGAUUACUCAUUUUUCGGAGUUGGUAAACAAGAGUCGGAUUUAUGAUGAGGAUAAUAGGGAGAGUGCUUCACACUAUAAGUCAUCAAAUGAUGGGAAAGGGAAAGGGAAAGGACAAUGCCGUGGGAAAUUGUAUGAUAAUAAGAAGAAGCGGAAAAUUGGUUAUGACGGGAAGCCAAGUGGGGAAGGAGCUAAUACUUUGAUUAAGUGCUUCAAGUGUGCUGUCGAAGGACAUUGCGCUUGUGAGUGCAACAAGGAUUUUGGGAAGUGUUUUAAGUGUGGCAAGCGGGGUCACAAAGCUGUUGAUUGUAGAGUUGGUGCAGGUGUGACCUGCUACAACUGUGGCGAGCAAGGGCAUAUUAGUACCAAGUGUGACAAGUCAAAGAAGGAGCAGGCGAAAGGGAAAGUGUUUGCAUUUUCUGGUUUUGAGACUACUACUGAGGAUAGACUAAUCCGAGUUACGCGCUUUAUUAAUGGUACACCUUUUAUUGCUAUUAUUGAUAUUAGUGUAACACAAUAUCUAAUAUGCGUGAAAGUAUGGUUAUUGUUACUCCUGCGUUGGAUUGUGCUAUGA